CCCCGCCCUCCGGUCGUCGCUCUCGAUGACUCGCAAAGACCGAGCCCAGUGAGCUUUGGCUCUCUGUUAGUUCAUCCAUCACAAACCCCUCGUCCGCCUUUGGUGUCGUCGCACGUCGUCGCCAUGGCGCAUCUUACUCUCGCAGGCGGUUCUUGCUUCACGGCCGCUGAGGCCCAGAAGAUCAAGGACCAGAUCAACAAGGUCGCGCCCAUCAAGGCUUCGAGCGUGCGAGGGUCCUGGGUCUACUAUGCCCACGUCGAGGGCGACACUGGCGCCGCCCAGCAAAAACUCGCUCAAUUGCUUCCUCUGCCGACUGAAUCCGAGCUGUCUGCCUCUCACCUGACGCACAUUGGUUACGGACGGCAGUGGUACGUGACUCCGCGGUAUAUCUCGCCGUGGAGCUCCAAGGCCACCAGCAUCGCUCAGGUAUGCGGUUUCGAGCAGCAAAUCCGGCGAAUUGAGCGCGGCCGCAUCAUUGCCAUUGAGUUCGAGCAACCCUACAACGACAAGGUGGUGCCCUUCCGCGAUGUCCUGCACGAUCGCAUGACCGAGACGCUUGCGACCGAAGCUCCCGAUCUCGGCGCCAUGUUUGCUGAAAGCCAGCCUGCUCCUCUCGAGGUCGUUGACAUCUUUGCCGCCGGUCGCGAUCCUGCGCAGGUUUUGAACGAAUACAACAAGGCGCGUGGGCUGGCUCUCGACGAGUCGGAGGUAGAGUAUUUGGUCGAGAAAUUUAGACAGUUGGGACGCCCGCCGCACGAUAUCGAGCUGUUCAUGUUCGCCCAAGUCAACUCAGAACAUUGCCGCCACAAGCAAUUCAACGCGAAUUGGACCAUUGACGGAAUGGCCAAGGGAAAGACGCUCUUCGAAAUGAUUAGGAACACCCACAAGGUGACUCCUGACUUCACCGUGUCUGCAUACAGCGACAAUGCGGCAGUUAUGGAGGGUGAGCACGCCAAUCUCUGGGCUCCUGAUUAUUCGACCGGUUCUUGGAAGCUUCACAAGGAGCCUCUACAUGUCCUGGCCAAAGUGGAGACGCACAACCACCCCACUGCCAUUGCCCCUUUCCCGGGCGCCGCUACUGGAUCUGGUGGUGAGAUUCGUGAUGAAGGAGCCGUUGGAAGGGGUUCGAUGCCAAAGGCUGGUCUUUGCGGUUUUUGGGUAUCCGACCUGCUAAUCCCAGGCCAUCGGGCUCCCUGGGAAAUCGAUGUGGGCCGACCGGCGCAUUUUGCCAGCAGUCUCGACAUCAUGCUCGAGGCUCCCAUCGGAAGCGCCCGUUUUAACAAUGAGUUCGGCCGUCCUUGCCUUACGGGCACCUUCCGCACGCUCCUCACAGCGGACGACACCAACGCGGAAGGCGAGUUCCGCGGCUAUCACAAACCGAUCAUGGUCGCUGGUGGUGUUGGCAUGGUCAGGGAGAAGCAUGCGCUUAAACGGCCAGAAGACGUCAAGGAGGGUGCGCAUGUCAUUGUCCUCGGCGGCCCGGCCAUGCUGAUCGGUCUUGGUGGCGGCGCUGCUUCCAGCAACGCCUCGGGAGAGGGCAACGCUGACCUUGACUUUGACAGCGUCCAGCGCGGCAAUCCUGAGAUGGAGCGCCGCGCGCAAAUGGUCAUCAACACUUGCAUAGCCCUGGGCGACAACAAUCCGAUUGCGAUGAUCCAUGAUGUUGGCGCCGGCGGUCUCUCCAACGCACUCCCUGAGCUCGUCAGGGAUGCCGGGUUUGGAGGCCGGUUCGAACUUCGUCAGGUCGAGAGCGUAGAUAAGGGAAUGAGCCCGCUCCAAAUCUGGUGCAAUGAGGCCCAGGAGCGUUAUGUCAUCCUGGUGAACAGCGAGGGCAUGGAACGAUUCACGAGCAUUUGCAGACGUGAGCGCUGCGGCUUUUCGGACGUCGGAACCGUGCUGUCCCGCGAAGUCGACGGUGUCUCCAAGUUGAUUCUCACCGACAGAGAAUCGAAAGAGUAUCCCCGACCCAUCGACGUCCCUAUGGACGUUCUUUUCCCUAAAGGCCGGAAAUUGGAGCGUAUCGUCAACUCUAAGAAGCCUGCGUGGCCCGUUUUCGACCCUGUCGCUAGCCUGAAAUCGGCUACCGACAGCUCACUGGCCGAUGCAGACCUCUUCAAGCAGGCAGUCCAGCGCGUAUUCUGGAUGCCCUCUGUCGGUUCCAAAUCAUUCCUGAUCACAAUUGGCGACCGGACCGUCGGUGGCCUUACAGCUCGGGACCAAAUGGUCGGGCCUUGGCAGACACCGGUUGCCGAUGUCGCUGUUACAGCCACGUCUUUUAGCCUCAAUGGCGCGAGGACCGGUGAGGCGAUGGCCAUGGGUGAAAAGCCCACACUUGCCCUCAUCUCUCCUGCCGCUUCCGCCAGGAUGGCUGUAGCCGAGAGCCUGCUCAACCUUGGAGCAGCAGACAUCAAGGGCGGCCGCUACCGCGGUGACUUGCGGCGCGUGAAGCUGUCCGCCAACUGGAUGGCAGCUGUAAACCAUCCGGGAGAGGGUGCUGCACUCUACGAGGCCGUAGAAGCGAUCGGCCUGGAUCUGUGCCCGAAGCUGGGCGUCAGUAUUCCCGUGGGCAAAGACUCAACAUCCAUGAAAUCGUCAUGGAAAGACGGGGAAACUAAGAAGAGUGUGACCGCGCCGGUGUCAGUUGUCAUCUCCGCAUUUAGCCUGGUUGAGGAUAUCCGGCGCACCUGGACGCCCCAGCUUCGCCGAGUCGAGGAUGUGGGCGAGACCAUCCUGCUAUAUGUCGACCUUGCGCUGGGCCACAAAGCACUCGGCGGCUCCGCUCUCGCUCAGUCGUUGAAUGCCAUCGGACAUGAGGCGCCCGAUGUUCGGGAUGUGGAUCUCCUUAAAGACUACUUCGAUGCGUUGGCCCAACUUCACGAAAGUGGCAUCGUGCUCGCCUACCAUGACAAGUCUGAUGGCGGCCUCAUCACCACUAUCGCUGAGAUGAUGUUUGCUGGUCGGUGCGGUGUCGACGUCAUGAUGGAUGGCAUCGCUGCUUCGGGGAGCCUGAAAGACAUGGUCGAAGCUCUAUUCAACGAGGAGCUUGGUGCCGUUUUCCAAGUUCGCGCUUCUGACGAGACGAAUUUCAAGAGGUGUUUCGCCACUUGUGGCCCUCCUGCUGGCCUUAUCCGGAAGUUUGGUGUCAUCCAGCCGGCGUCCAAGCAAAGCCUCACUAUUCGGUACGGCGAGGGAGCGCCGUUUAUCAGCCUCGACAGGGCCGAAAUGCAGCAGUGGUGGGCCAAGACAUCAUACGAGAUGCAAAAGUUGCGAGACACCCCUUCGUGCGCCGAGUCCGAGUAUGCCACCAUUCUGGAUUCCGAAGACCCCGGUCUUUCUUACAACCUGACCUUCUCGCCCACUGAAAACAUUGCUCCCCUGACAGCGUCCAUCGCCGGCUUUUUCGGCAAGAUGCCCCGCGUAGCCAUUCUCCGCGAGCAGGGAGUGAACGGCCACGCCGAGAUGGCCUUUGCCUUCCGCGCCGCGGGCUUCGACCCUGUCGAUAUUCACAUGACUGACAUCAUCGCGGGUCGCUCGCUGUCCGACUUUGUUGGUUUGGCCGCUUGCGGCGGAUUCUCGUAUGGCGACGUGCUCGGCGCCGGCCAAGGCUGGGCCAAGUCGAUUCUGCUACACGAAAAGGCUCGGAGUGAGCUGGCUGCCUUCUUUAACCGCAAAGACACGUUCGCGCUAGGCGUCUGCAACGGCUGCCAGAUGCUGUCCCGGCUCAAAGAGCUCAUCCCGGGCGCCGAGCACUUCCCGACCUUUGUUAGCAAUGCCUCGUCGCAAUUCGAGGGACGCUUCAGCAUGGUUGGGAUCGAAGACAACCCGGCUCGGCCGUCAGUCUUCUUCAACGGCAUGAACGGCUCCAGCCUGCCGAUUGUUGUCUCUCACGGCGAGGGCAGAGCCGAGUUUGAAUCGGAUGAGUCGUUCCGCGCCCUGGCGGAGGCGGGUGGCAUUCCGUUGCGGUACCUCGACAACAGGCUGAACGUCACAGAGCAGUAUCCGUACAAUCCCAACGGCAGUCCCGGGGGUGUGGCGGGCGUCUCGAGCAGCGAUGGCCGUGUGCUGGCCAUGAUGCCGCAUCCGGAGCGGACUAUUCUGGCGGAUGUAGCCAGCUAUGUGCCGGCCGAGGAGGUUGCCGAGUGGGGUGAAUUUGGACCUUGGCUCAGGAUGUUCAGGAGCGCGCGGAGGUGGGUAGGUUAGAUAAAACUGGGAUGGUGCUUGAGGCGUUGCGAAGAAGAAACAUGGAAGGAAAAAUCGAUCAUGGACGGUGGGUUUUGCGGACUGUUUCUAUAGGUCUUAUGGGUGCACUUUUUCUUGCUCAGCUUUGGUACCACUCGUCACGCAAAAUAGACAACGUCAGGAAAAAU